CGCAGCAGCUCAGCCAGACUAACCGGCCCUGAACCACUAAUUUCUUCACCUUAACUGUCACUCGUCCCUCGUCUCUCGUCCAUCCCCCAUUUCCACGUCCCACCUCACACCGCACCGCACCGCACCGCUAUGUCGCGAUAGCCCCAAGUAGCCCUUUUAACUGCUUAUUUAAUUACCUAUAAGUCCUGUCCCCUACUAUCCCACUGUCGCCAGGUCGGAGCGCACUCCGGCUGCCUCGAUUCAAAAUUCGGUCCCUCGAUAUCCUCCCGGUUCAGAAGGAACCUCUGCUCCCUCCUCCGGUCACCACACCCAAGUCUCCUAUGGCGCCCAGCAAAAAGGAGGCUGCACACGAGUGUGUGUCGGAGGAGGCCCUUGUCCAUCUGAGGUCCUACAAGUACUCGAGCGUCGACAAAUCCUUUAUUUCAAACUAUAUCCUCAAGCACUACUGGAAUGCCUUUGUCGAACUGCUGCCAUUAUGGGUUGCUCCGAAUAUGGUGACGCUGAUAGGAUUCUGCUUCAUCCUGACAAAUGUGGCCUUCCUGGUGAUAUUCAUGCCAGACUUGGUCGGACCCGGCCCGUCGUGGUUGUACUACAGCUUUGCCUUUGGUCUUUGGAUGUAUUCAACUAUGGAUAAUGUGGACGGCAAACAAGCGCGGAGGACUGGCACAUCCAGUGGCCUUGGGGAACUCUUUGACCAUGGUAUUGAUUCUCUUAACUGCACACUCGCCAGCUUGUGCGAAACAGCAGCUAUGGGCUUGGGUACAUCACAAGCUGGAAUACUUACCGCCCUGAUUCCCUGCUUGCCUAUGUUCUUCUCUACGUGGGAAACUUAUCACACUCACACAUUAUACCUUGGUGUGCUCAACGGGCCAACAGAAGGUCUUAUCCUCGCCUGCUUGAUUAUGGUCUGUUCAGGAUAUUACGGACCCGAGAUCUGGACUCGACGUAUUACAGACCUCGUCGGCCAUCACUACUUCUUGGGAUAUCACGAGUUCUUUGGUCCCUAUUCUGUGAGAGAUCUCUGGGUGCCCAUCCUUCUAGUCUCAACUUUCGGAAUUCAUGUUCCUUUCUGUGUUAUCAAUGUGAUAAAGGCACGCAGAAGAAAUAACCUCCCCGUUCUACCAGUCUUCAUGGAGUGGACGCCUAUAGUUGUGUUCACCUUUGCCAUAGCAGCAUGGCUCUUCUCACCCUACUCCGCUCUUAUGGCUGACAACCAUCUGGUCCUCUUCUGUGUCACCAUGUCCUUUGUUUUUGGCAGGAUGACUACCAAAAUUAUUCUGGCGCAUCUUACCCGCCAGCCAUUCCCAUACUGGACGGUUAUGCUCACACCCCUUGUCGGUGGAGCAGUUCUUUCAAACCUACCUCGGAUUGGUCUCCCAGGAGUUAGCGCCUCUGUUGAGCUGUGGUACCUCUGGGCGUACCUUGUCUUCGCUGUGAUUGUCUAUUUCAGAUGGGCAUUCCUUGUCAUCAACAGCAUCUGCGAAUACUUGGGCAUCAACUGUUUGACGAUCCCAACAAGUCAACAAAAAGCCAAUCAGGACAGACUCAAGACCGCAAAUGGAUCUGCCAAUGGCCAUGGCCCCGGGAAGCGCGUGGAUUAAGUGAAAAGGUGAAGGGGAGAUGGGUGUGCAAGUUGUUCAUUUCAGGAUACGGGGUUCACAUGAGUUCUAAUGGAUUAUACGACGAUUACGAUCCGGUGAGGGUCUUUAUAAUUACCUUCAGGGGGGAUUGGGCCCAUGCAUACGGGCAUUAAUAGACUACCCUUCAACGCAACCAGGAUGUCUUUGGAUGGUAAAGAAAAGCAUGGCAGCAUGGGACGGCGUUGUUAUUAGAACAAGCUGGCGGCAUUUUGACAUGGUGUUAUGUUGUUUGUUACUUGUACAUACCUUCCCUACACUCGUUGUACAAAGAAUGCGCAUGCCUAUAGAGUACUAUGAUAGUUCUUGUUCAC